CAGUGACAGAUUUUUGACAGAACGGACACGAACAAUUUGGCUUGGCGAGCAGUUUUGUUUUACGUUAAAACAAAGUGGAAUUGUUUUUUAAUUUCAAUAAAUUUAGCGCUGCAAAGUUUUAUAGGUUAUUCGUAGUUCUUAAUAGUUGUUCAAAAUGGAUCAAAUGCUUCCAAGUCCAUAUAAUAUACCGGGAAUCGGUACACCCCUCCAUCAGCCAGAAGAAGAUCAGCAAAUCUUACCAAAUGCUAUGCAGCAGCAGCAACAACACCAGCAGCAGCAGCAGCAACAAUCACACACCCUCGCAACGAUGGCUUCACCUCUCGUGGGCUUUAGUUUGGGUACACCUCAAAGAACUAUGCAUACUUACGCGCCAACCGCAAGCUAUGCUACUCCUCAGCAAAUGAUGCAGCCCCAGACACCGCAAAACCUCAUGUCGCCAAUGAUUACUAGUGGCAGUCUAGUGGGCCAGCCGAUGCUCAGUCAAGCUAGUCCAGCGCCUAUGACUCCAAUGACUCCACACUCUGCUGACCCUGGCAUACUUCCUCAACUACAAAAUAUUGUAUCUACUGUUAACUUGAACUGCAAACUAGAUCUGAAAAAGAUUGCACUCCAUGCGCGUAAUGCAGAAUACAACCCUAAGCGUUUUGCUGCGGUGAUCAUGAGAAUAAGAGAACCCCGGACCACUGCACUUAUAUUCUCCUCGGGAAAGAUGGUGUGCACAGGUGCUAAAAGUGAAGAAGACUCGAGACUGGCUGCUAGGAAAUAUGCUAGGAUUAUUCAGAAACUUGGAUUUACAGCCAAGUUCUUGGACUUCAAAAUACAAAACAUGGUGGGCAGUUGUGAUGUUAAAUUCCCAAUACGACUAGAAGGUCUGGUCCUCACUCACGGCCAGUUCAGUUCAUAUGAACCAGAGUUAUUCCCCGGACUUAUAUACCGAAUGGUUAAACCUAGGAUAGUGUUAUUAAUAUUUGUUUCCGGAAAAGUUGUGCUAACUGGUGCCAAAGUUCGACAAGAGAUUUAUGAAGCCUUUGACAAUAUUUAUCCUAUUCUAAAAAGUUUUAAGAAACAAUAGUUUCAUUAGUAUAACAUAGUUUUACUAG